AUGGCAAAAUCGCUCCGCUCUUCGAGCAAGCUCAAGGCGCGCAAUCAGAAGCGGUCCAACCCAAAAUCUGACUAUGCUGUUGCCGAAGCUGCGCGCGUCAACGCGCUCUCCGCUCGUCUAGCUGCUGGACUGAACAAGGACAAGCUUCCUGUCCAAGGCGAUUCUAAGCACGCAGAAGAAGAGAUGAUCGACAUCGGUUCCGUAGAGAAACAAGAGGAUGGAGCUACGCAGCAGAACAAGAUCUCCACUUCGGGCCACCGAGAUUCUAGAAGAGAAACAUACCGCAAGAGUAGAGGUCUGAAACCCUUCAAGAACUCCGGUGGCAACAGCCUGUUUGACGCCCACAAAAGUAAGAACAACGGAAAGGCUAAGCGUAGACGAUAG